AUGGCCCCGGCCGACGCGUCCAAUACGUCCAGCGGAAACGAUGCGGCGGCCAUGACGGACGAUAACAGCCAAGCGCACGCGGCGGCUUCUCUGCAGCGCAACGACAGCGUAUCGUCAGCCGGCUUCUACUUCCAGGGCGUGCAGUUCGCACCCGACGGCGACGGCGAUGGCGACGACUCAUCUCGGCUGCUGGACGACGGCCAGCGUGAUCCUUUCGACGACGGUGAUGUGGGCAGCCGGAGAGGGGCAGGAGAGUGGCCUCCCUUGAGGCGGCGAAGGUCGUCCAUUGGAGCACGCCUCGCCGCCCUGACCGAGAUUGGAGGUGUCAACAGCAUCCGCUCGUUCACCCGGAGCUGGCAGCGUGCGGCUGGCUUCACCGAGGUCAUACCGCAGCCGCCGUCGUUUGUCUUUGCCGCCGAUCAAGAGCCGAUAUUCGGCGCUCCGAACUCCGAGGCGUACGGCCGCAGCUUUGUCGACGAGGAAGCUGUGGGGACACCAUUGACGUCCGAUAACACCCUGCCUUCGGCUGCGCCGUCCGAACCGGGUGGCAGUAAUCUGGCUACGGACCAACAGGACGGCCUGGAUGAUGCAGAGAAUGCGGAGCACAAGAGCCUGCUCGGGUCAUCCGGGCUGACGCGUGCGUUUCGAGCUGGCAGCACGUCGUCCAUCUUUGGGUAUCCGCCGCAUCUGGCAUCCGCUGCGGUGGGGGGUGCUGGCCUCCUGGGCACAUCUCCUGUCAUUGGCAGCUAUGGGUCGCCCGGGUCGUACCGGUCGUAUCGGUCAUAUCCGUACGGCUCUGUCAGCUCGGCAGCCGGCCUGACGUACGACACCAUGACCGGCCGCCGCGGCAGCGGCUUGGCGUCUGGAUCAAUGACCCAAGCGGGGUCGCUGUGGCGGCGGCAACAGCAGCAUCAGCAUCAGCAUCAGCAUCAGCAUCAGCCGGGCCCGGAGGUAGAGGAAGUGGAAGCUAUUGGCGAAGACGUCGGACUGAUAGCGACCCUUGACGAGCGGCCGGCCAUCCUGGUCAAAGAGGUCGAGGAGGACGGCAAGAUCAUCCUGACGGUCGAGGGCCAGUCUACGCUGCCGCAGACCAUCUUCAACUCGAUCAAUGUUCUGAUUGGCGUGGGGCUGCUGAGUCUGCCGAUGGGCAUCCGGUAUGCUGGCUGGAUCUGCGGCAUGACGACGCUGCUGAUGGCGGCUGUCGUCACGGCCUACACGGCGCGGCUGCUGGCCAAGUGCAUGGACCUGGACCCGGUCGUCAUCACCUUCUCAGACCUGGCGUUUAUCUCGUUUGGCCCGCGGGCGCGCGUGAUGACCAGUCUGCUGUUCACAGUGGAGCUGAUGGCGGCGUGUGUGGCGCUUGUCGUGCUCUUCGCCGACUCGCUGGGCCUGCUGUUCCCGGGCUUGCUGACAGCGCUCGAGUGGAAGGCUCUCUGCUGUGUGAUCAUGAUACCCCUGAACUUUCUUCCGAUGCGGUUGCUGAGUGUGACCAGCAUCAUCGGCAUCGUCUGUUGUUUUAGCAUUGUCUCCAUUGUCGUCAUUGACGGCUUCACCAAGAAGACGUCGCCCGGCUCGCUGCUGCAGCCGGCGGCUACGUACAUGUUCCCGGCCAACUGGCUGACGCUGCCGCUGUCGUUUGGCCUUCUCAUGUCGCCCUGGGGCGGCCACAGCGUGUUUCCAAAUAUCUACCGUGACAUGCGACAUCCAGCCAAGUAUGCCAAGGCCGUGAAGGUGACGUUUUCGUUUACUUACUUUCUGGACGUCACGACGGCUGUGGUUGGACUGCUCAUGUUUGGUGACGAUGUCAUGGACGAGAUCACAGCCAACAUUCUGUCAACAUCCGGGUAUCCACGGGCGCUUACGCUUCUUCUCUGUGUCAUGAUCGCCAUCAUCCCGCUGACCAAGAUUCCACUCAAUGCACGACCCAUCAUCACGACGAUCGAGGUACUGGCGGGCACGCAUCAACAGGUGGCGGCCGAUGCGCCAGGACAGGUCGGCCGGACCAUUGUCAAGGUGGCCAUCCGCGUGCUGACGAUCCUGUCCUUCUUUGCCAUUUCGGUCGUCUUUCCGGCUUUCGACAGCAUCAUGGCCUUUAUGGGCAGCGCGCUAUGCUUCACGAUCUGCGUCACUUUGCCGAUAUUGUUUCAUCUGAAGCUCUUUGGUAACAGUCUGUCGGGCAGAGACAAGGUGCUCCAGUAUGCCAUGCUGUCGCUGUCGAUCGUGCUCUCGGUCGUGGGCACAGUCUGGUCAUUCCUGCCGAAGAGUCUUUUGGGUGUGGAGUAG